GAAGGUGGUGUAGGGCAGAGAUGGGGAUGUGGGAAGGUGAUAUGGGGUGGAGGGGGAUUUGUGGGGCAGAGCAGGCGUCCCGAACAGGCGGAAGCAGCUUCGGUGCUGUCGAGUCCUUAUAAGGGCAAUGUGGUGGCUCUGGCACUUCCUGUUCCCCCACUCGCCCCCCCCGGCUGACUCACGGAUGGAGGGAAGGGCCCGCAGCUGCCCCACGGAGAACUGGGGUAUCAAGGCUUGGGCCGUGGGGUGGAUGGAGUGUCCUUCCCCUGUUCCCCAUCCCCAGCGUGAAGGGACCCAGGCGUUGGGGCCCCCUGUGUGUCCUUGCCCCUGCCAUGAGUGACCACCCCCGUGGCUGUGAGGCUGGGCCACACCAUCGCCCCAUCACUGUCCCCUGUGGAGCCACGGCACCCUUGCAUCCUGUAGGACAGUAUCGCUGCCUCCCUUGCGCUCCAUCUCCAGGUGAUCCUGUCACUUGCAGCACCCUGACACAGAGCAGCGCUCCCCGCGCGGGGCCCCCGCCCCCGUGCCGCGCAGGCGCCCCGCGCAGGCGCACUGGCGCCGCGCCCCCCCCGAGUCACCUUGGGGCGCCGCCGGUGCCGGACCCCGCGCCCCCCCCGCGCCCCCGGUACCACGGCCCGGCCGAGAUGGCGGCGGCGCCGGCGGCCGAGAGGCCCAAGACCUCCCCGAAAUCCGUCAAGUUUCUCUUCGGCGGCCUGGCCGGGAUGGGGGCUACAGUCUUUGUGCAGCCCCUGGACCUGGUGAAGAACCGGAUGCAGCUGAGCGGGGCCGGGGCCAAGGGCCGCGAGUACCGGACAUCUCUGCACGCCCUGGGGUCCAUCCUGCGCCACGAGGGGCUGAGGGGCAUCUACACGGGGCUAUCAGCUGGGCUUCUGCGCCAGGCCACCUACACCACCACCCGCCUGGGCAUCUACAGCGUCCUCCUGGAGCGUUUUGGGGGGGCUGAUGGGACUCCCCCUCCGUUCUUGGCCAAGGCAGCCAUGGGCAUGACGGCCGGGGCUGCAGGGGCCUUUGUGGGGACCCCGGCUGAGGUGGCCCUGAUCCGCAUGACAGCUGAUGGCAGGCUGCCCCCCGGCGAGCGCCGCGGGUAUCAGAACGUGUUCGACGCUCUCGUGAGGAUGGCAAGGGAGGAGGGGGUGCUGACGCUGUGGAGGGGCUGUAUCCCCACCAUGGCCCGUGCCGUGGUGGUCAACGCCGCCCAGCUCGCCUCGUACUCCCAAUCCAAACAGUUCCUGCUCGACUCUGGGCAUUUCCGUGACGACAUCCUGUGCCACUUCUGCGCCAGCAUGAUCAGCGGGUUGGUGACCACGGCUGCCUCCAUGCCCGUCGACAUCGUCAAGACCCGGAUCCAGAACAUGAGGACGAUUGAUGGGAAGCCCGAGUACCGCAAUGGGCUGGACGUGCUGCUGAAGGUGGUGCGCUACGAGGGCUUCUUCAGCCUCUGGAAGGGCUUCACCCCCUACUACGCCCGCCUGGGCCCUCACACCGUGCUCACCUUCAUCUUCCUUGAGCAGAUGAACAAGUGGUACCAGCGGCUCUUCCUCAGUGCCUGACAGCCCCCCGGGGGGGCAGGGGGGCUCUGACCCCAUCCCGUGGGCUCUGUAGGGGCACCUGACCCCCCAUGAAGGGGCUCUGGGGGGGGUCUGACCUCUCCCUCAGGUGCUGUGGGGGUGCCUGACCCCCUCCACCCCACCAGGGGCUGGGGGGAGGUGGCUCUGUGGGAGUGUCUGACCACCCCCACCAAGGCUGUGAAGUGGCCCUGGGGCCCUAUGGAGGGGUCCUGGGCCCUACAGGGGUGCAUCACCCACUCCUUGGGGCCCUGGGCCUGACACAGGGGUGCUGGAUCCCUCCCACGGGGUGACAGGGGUUGCCUUGUCCCUGUGGGGCAGCCCUAUAGAGGCUGCAGGGUGCCCCCUGUGCCCCCCUCCCACCCCUCUGGGGGUUUUGUUACCAGCCAAUAUCAAGGUCACAGGGUGGGGCAAGAGCCCCCCC